UUUCCCGCAUGUGUGUACAUUUUCAAUUUGUACACUUCGUAGGCUUACGUGUUGUAGCCAAAAUGCUUCCCCGAAACCUGCUGUAUUUCGUCGCCCUUUUGGGGCUCCUUGUCGUUUUUUGUCCUACUAUCCGGAGCGACGACGAUGAAGCUCCAGUGGAAGUGGAUCAGGUCACGGAUGAUGAUUUGAAUCUAGGAGAGACAGUCAUUUUGGAUGAGGACACUCUCAUGGAUGAUGAGGAUGACAAUGACGAUGAUGACGAUAUGCCAGAGGUGACAGAAGAAGAUGGAGUCCUUGUACUCACAAAGGACAACUUUGAUGAUGUUGUCAUGAAAAAGGACAUCAUUUUGGUGGAGUUUUACGCCCCAUGGUGCGGUCACUGCAAGAAUCUGGCCCCAGAGUACGCUAAGGCAGCCCAGACACUGAAGAAGGCAGACCCUCCUGUCCCGCUGGCGAAGGUUGAUGCCACUGUGGACAGUGACCUGGCGCAGCGAUACGAAGUGUCAGGAUACCCGACCCUCAAAAUAUUCAGGAAGGGGGAAGUUUCCAACUAUGAGGGGCCCAGGGAUGAGUCAGGUAUUGUGAAAUACAUGAAAGAGCAGUCAGAUCCCAACUGGGAGCCCCCACCAGAAGCAGUGAUAACUCUGACCUCUGAGGACUUUGAUGACACAGUCAAUGAGGCUGAGCUCAUCCUUGUAGAGUUCUACGCCCCUUGGUGUGGCCAUUGCAAAAGGCUGGCUCCGGAGCUGGAGGCUGCGGCAGGUGUCCUGAAGGACGAUGACCCUCCAAUUCCCAUCGCCAAAGUGGACGCCACAGCAGAGAAGGACUUGGCCACGCGGUUCGGCGUGACCGGCUACCCAACCCUCUUCAUCUUCCGGAAGGGGGAGAAAUACGAGUACAAGGGUCCCAGGGAGAAGAGAGGAAUCUUGGACUACAUGAGGAAGCAAGCUGGAGAUAGCUCUGAGCAUCUGACUUCUUCCAGGGCCCUCAAGCAGUUCCUGGAGUUUCAAGAUGACAUCAGCAUUGUCGGCUUCUUCAAGACAGAGGAGGAGAAUCUGUACAAGGCUUACUUGGAGGCAGGUAAUGACUUGAGGGAAGACUACCGCUUCGGUCACACUUUUGACCACCAGUUGAUGAACCAGUACAAGGUCAACCCCAACUCCAUUGUCAUCUUCAUGCCAGAGAGGUUCCAGUCCAAGUACGAACCUAAGAGACACGUCUUUGACAAGGCUGAUGCAUCUGCUGCCGAGAUCCAGAGCUUUUACAGCGACAAUAACAGCCCCCUGGUGGGUCACAUGACCAAGGAAAACAUGGACAAGCGAUACAAAGAUAGACCGCUGUUAGUGGCAUACUACGAUGUGGACUGGAGCUUUGAGCACAGAAAAAAAACAGAGAUUUGGCGUCAGAAGAUCCUAGCUGUGGCCAAAGACAAAGAGUACAAAGAUGUCACAUUUGCUGUCGCUCAGGAAGAGGAGUUUGAGGACCAGCUCAAGGACUUGGAAUUGGAUGACAGUGGGGAAGAGAUUAACGUGGGCCUGUUUGCCGACGGGAAGAAAUACAGGAUGGAGCCAGACGAAGACUUUGACUUGGACGUUCUGCGCGAUUUCCUGAAAGCCUGGAGGAAAGGCAAACUCCAGCCUGUCAUCAAGUCGCAACCUGUCCCCAGGAAGCAAACAGGACCUGUCACCGUCCUGGUGGGCAAGACCUUCGACAAGGUGGUGCGGGACGAGCGGAAGGACGUGCUGGUGGAGCUGUAUGCACCCUGGUGCGGCCACUGUAAGAAGCUGGAGCCCACAUACAAGAAGCUUGCUAAGAAGUACAAGGACCGCCACAGCGUCGUUGUGGCCAAGAUGGACGCCACAGCCAAUGACACGCCAACCGAUUACAGUGCUGCGGGCUUCCCGACCAUCUACUUAGCCAGAGCUGACGAUAAAAAGAACCCGGUCAAGUUCGAAGGGGGGGACCGAUCCCUUGAAGCACUGAGUAAAUUCAUUGAGGACAAUGCCUCCACGCUGAAGGCAAAGAAAGCAAAGGAGGAGCUUUAAUAGUAAAUUUUUCUAAAGCCAAACUUUAAAUCCUUUUUUGUCUUCAAAGUUAGGGACAGCUUUUAAAUUUAACUUGUAAUUUGUACUAUCUGUUAUGAUGUUUAAGAGAUAUAUAUGUUAAAAAAUAUGGUUUGGAAUUUGCAGAUUGUCAAGGUUGGUACAUUGGAAGGCAAUUUACUGCCUUUAUUCUCCUUUACCUCAUCAUGUGUUCUUGCUUGCCGUGUCGAUGGCUGUGCCUUUGAUCAUUCAAGUCAAUUAAAUAGUCACCUUGGCAGAAAAAUGUUUGACGAGAAUUUUGCGGCCCGAUUUAGCAAGAGUGUUCACCAGUAAUUGGAAACAAGGGUACAGAAGAGAAGCAUGCCGUAAAGAUGAAAAGUAAAACCUAGGAUGUUGAAGCAUCUGAGAAGUGUUACAAUCCAAACGUCUCCAAACUCUUAUCGAACUUUGGUCAUUGCAAGGUGCAACAAGAUCAGACGAGAAGAAACUGUACCAGGAAAAAAUGAAUGAUAGGACGCUCAAAAAUCCUGCCCCUAACCUCUCUCCAUCAGUAUUUAUACACUUUUAAGACAUUAUCUCAAAGUAAACAAUUACAUCUCCAGAAGUCACAAUAUUCUAGAAAAAAGCUGACCCCCUCCGUGAAUGGUGCAUGUGUAUGUAAGAACAAAACUUUCCUGUAUUUUCUUUGACCUGUAGAGACUCUUGAAUUCUGAUGUAUGCUAAGGUCAAAAGGUCAGACCCAUGCAUCGCAUGCUUGCAUACAGUUGUACAGGUUAACUCUGUGUAGGGUGUGAAGACAAGGAUUUGUAACGAGAUAGCGCUUUCUUAGGCCCUUAAAUGGUCAUUGCUCUGAGUAACACCACAUUUUGCUUUCAGCUUCUGUGCUUUGACAAGACUUCAUGUAGCUUGCCCAGUGUCUGCAAUUCUGUGCCAUCAAAACUGCAAUAUUUUGAUACUUAAGACAGAUUUAAAAGUUGUCAUUGAAUGGUAUGAACUGUACAUCUCACUUUUGCUGUGUCCAUGGAGAGUUGCAUUUUGCCAUUUAAAGUGCCCCCUUAAAAUUGCGACCAUUUUCAAUUUUGUUCAUUUUUUUGCUUUAAAAAUCAGCUGUUGAGCCAUUCUUGCAAACGUUUAGUUCAGCUUCAUUUGAGCAGUGACAUAUUUUUCCUAUUCUUUCGUACAUUACUAUAUUCCUACUUUUCCCCUGUUUGUACAUGUAGAUUGGUACUGUUGCUGUUUUACAAUUGAAGAUCACUUCAAUCGGGAAAUUUGCACACACACAGAAUUGAUAUAUUUUUAUAGUGUGGCCAAAUACCAGCACAUUUUGUGUAUGUUGCUUGAACCAAAUCUAGCAAAUGGCAUCAUUGGGCGGGCAGUUUGGGCCCUUUCAAUUUAAACUUCAUCAUGUCAUCUUACUUAAUUUAUUUGAUUCCUUUACUCAAUAAAAAAGUAUUAGUGAAAACGUGGAA